AUGAAGAGGGUAGUUAAGAAUGGCAAUGACAAUAACGUCCUCCAGAAGCGGAAGAAGGACCCCAAACACCACAGUCUCCAGAAGAUCGCAGAGAGAAUCUAUUUGGGUAAUCCUCUAGGAGUCUCUGAGGCAGAGUCCAAGCCUGCAGAGCGCUCCAACGAGGAAGACACAACAUGGAUCCCCACAGUUGAUGAGACCACGCCCCUCUUUGCAGAGCCUGAGUCUUCGGCCGGCCAGAUGAAAGACACAAGCGACGAAGAGGACGACAACUCUCCUGCGGUCGACGAAACCACCGCCCUCUCAUUGCUGUGCCGCCGGGUGUGA